AUGAAGCCUUUGAUGGAAGGGAUAAUAUCCGAGUCACAAAGUGCUUUUAUCCCGGAUAGGUUGAUAACGGACAAUAUUUUGUUAGCUGCAGAAGUAGGACAUUUUCUGAAUCGGAAACAGUGUAGUGUGGGGGGAUGGGGUGCACUUAAGCUAGACAUGGCUAAGCCAUAUGAUCGUAUGGAGUGGCCCUUUCUCCGUAAUAUGAUGGUGGCGUUAGGGUUUCAUGAUAAAUGGGUUGAAUUGAUUAUGAAAUGUAUGACCACAGUUUCCUACAGUAUUCUGGUGAAUGGCUCGAGGAGUGACCCAAUAAUACCCACGCGUGGUUUAAGACAGGGAGAUCCGCUGUCCCCAUACUUGUUUAUUAUCUGUGCAGAGGGGCUUUCAUUGUUACUACAACAGGCUAACAACACGGGGUUAAUUCAUGGAUGUAGAGUGGCAAGAGGCGCCCCCCAAAUCUCUCACUUAUUCUUUGCGGACGAUAGUCUUUUAUUUUUUAAGGCUAAUGUGGAGGAGGCAAAUGAGGUAAAGAGAUGCCUGACAGUAUAUGAGGAUCUAUCUGGGCAGGUGGUAAACUACCAUAAGUCAAGUAUUUGCUAUAGCAGAAAUACGAGUAAUAUGGAUAGGGAAAGUGUGGCUCAAGUCUUGGGGGUGGGGCAGGCUCCGAAUUUUGUAUGCACGGCUAUAGAGGGGACCAUGAAUAGAUAUUGGUGGGACUCUGGGGCAGAUAACCGAAUACACUGGAAGGCUUGGGACAAAUUAUGCAUCCCUAAGAAGUAUGGUGGAUUGGGAUUUAAGGAUUUACGUGCGUUUAAUCUAGCUAUGUUGGGAAAACAGGCAUGGCGAAUGCUCACUAAACCUGAUUCCUUAGUAGCUCGUGUUUAUAAAGCCCGGUAUUUUCCCAAAGGUACUUUCUUUGAUGCACAGAUAGGGAAUAACCCCAGUUUUUGUUGGCGGAGUAUAAUGGCAGCAAAGAGUAUAAUUUGUAGUGGGGUCAGACGAAGGAUUGCGAAUGGGGAAUCUACACUCAUAUGGACUCACCCAUGGUUGUUAGAUGAGCAGGAUCCUAUGGUACAGACAGAGAUGCCUAUACAGUUACGAGAGGCCAAAGUAGUGGGUUUAAUUGAUCAACAAACUGGUACAUGGGAUAAUGAUAUUUUAACAGAUUUAUUUCAACCUACAGAUGUGGAAAGAAUUAUGAGGGUACCUGUAUCCCAGGAUUAUAAUGAUGCGUGGUAUUGCCUUGUGGAGACUCAAAAUCCCACCAAAAUGGAAAAUGUUUCUUUGGAGGGCCAUUUGUGA